GUCACAAAAAGAUAUUGAGCAAUUGCGUGUUGGAUCAUAUGAAACUCCUGUUCCAAAUUUUCACCAAAAACUUGUCUAACAAACACUAGUUUUUUUUGUUAGAGGCCCCAUCUUUGGCAAUUUUACUUCUAUGAAUUCUGUACUAGAAACUAUGAUGUUCUAUUUAUAUUAAGUUUCCAUUGUCCAAAUCCUAAUCAAAUGGCGGUUGGCAAAUCUCAAUUGGAUUUAGAACGGGAAAUGGGCAAAUAACAGGCCGCGCAAAGAAAAUAAAGUCACAUUUUUUAAAAUUACUUUUACACUGUUUACCGGAGCGACAUGGUAUUCAUAAUUGGUAUGACUAGUAUUACACUGCUUACUGCAGCGACAUGGAUAUAGCAGUUAAUAAAGAGGCGCGCAAGACAAAGAGCACACCGUGGAAGCAACGCACUGGCGGUUGUUUUCACGUGCCUUUGUUUCUCACUUUCUCUCUCUCUAUCUUUCUUCACUCAGCCGAGACAGACAGACAGAAAGAAAGACACAGGAAAAUAGUAUUCAAAGCAUGAAACUUUCCUUUCAAUCAAACCCUCUUUUAAUCCUCCUUAAUACUUCUAUCAUACCCCUCUGUUUUCCCUCACACUUUCCUCUCCGAUAAGGUAGUGCAUUUUUUUUCCCUUUGCUUCUUCUUCUUCUUUUAUUUUUUUUCAUUUUUUAUGGUUUUAUUAUUAUCAUCAAAACCAGAAAGCAACUAGUUUUUUUCGAAGUAUUUGUUUUAGACAGAAAUCAGUUUGAUUGCUGAGAAACCCUCUCUGGGUUACGUUCUGGUGAGUGAAGGGUUUAGUGCUUUAAUCUCUCAGUGAACUAAAAGCCUUGUGGUUGAUAUGAUUUCAUCAGUCAACUAUUUUCUUUUUCUAUUUUGACUCUCUCCCUCUCCAAUGAGAAAGGAAAUGGGAAGAAUAUUCUAAGAUUUUGGGUUUUUUCUUAAAUAUUUGUAUAGGGAAUUCAAGGAUGGAUCUUAUUAGUAGUUCAAACACUAGUGAUUCUUGUUUCGUCUGAUCUUUAUUCAGAAAAGAAGAAGAUGAUAAAGUUCAUAGCAAAUAAAGAAGCUUUUUUUAUUUUUAACCACCUCUUUCUGUUAAUAGUUGCAUACUUGCAUGCCUUUGCUUUUUCCUCGUUUUCUCUAUAGUCAUUUUGGGGUUCAUUAGUUAUUUGAUUUCUUAUGUUUUCAGGUUUUAUUUGCAAAUCCAAGUGGAUCGAUGUUGAGAAUUUCUGCUAUGUCUGUUCAUAUGGGUCGAAAGAAUGAGAAUAAGUAGCUUCUGGUGUCUAAGGUUUAACCUUUGCUAAAUGGCUUCUUGAUAUUGUGUUUAAUUGGUACCUAAAUAAAUAGAAUAAUGGUGUCGUCUGAUUGAAGCCUUCUGCUGGAAAUGCCGGAAGUGCUAAAUAUUUACCUUUAUGAGAAAUUAGUUUGUACUUAAUUUUUGCUGGAAGGAAUUUAGCUGUUCAGUGUUAGGUUUAAGAAAUGUUGGACUUAAGAUAUUAAAUUAGUAAAUCCAAUGCCUUGCUGGGUUCCUGGUAGUUUUAACGUUUAGGAAUGUUGGGAAGUAGCCUUCCCUGAAUGUUUAAUGGAGGCCUUGAGGAAGAAGAGAAAGGGCCCGGAAGUGUUGCCAUCAUGUCGUAGGUCCUUCACUACUGUAACAGUUGUUUGGUCUCACUUAUCUCUGGAAGAUUACACGAAGCAGAAAAAGAAGUGUAAGGAAGAUGAAGCUAAAGUGGCUAUUGGCUCUGUUAUGAGUGUAGUCAAAGGAAUUGCCACUGCCCCACCUUGUGGGAGUGCAUGUUUGGAACCACCCAACAGGGGCCUUAAGAGGAAAAUUGGGUGUAUUGAUGCAGCAACUCAAUUGGGUCGGAAAAAGAAGAUUGACCAAGAUUAUGAUUUGGGUGCAACAAUUGGCUGUGGAAAGUUUGGAUCUGUUGUAUUGUGUCGAAGUAAGGUGAAUGGCGCAGAGUUUGCUUGCAAAACAUUAUGCAAGGGUGAAGAAUUUGUACAUCAAGAAGUGGAGAUAAUGCAACACCUUUCUGGUCAUCCUGGUAUUGUGACAUUGAAGGCAGUAUAUGAGGAUUUGAAAUCAUUCUUUCUUGUGAUGGAGCUCUGCUCUGGGGGACGGUUGCUUGAUCAGAUGGCAAAAGAGAGCCAGUAUUCAGAGUAUUGUGCUGCUAAUAUACUCAAGGAACUGGUUCUAGUUAUCAAAUAUUGCCAUGAUAUGGGUGUUGUUCAUCGGGAUAUAAAACCUGAGAAUAUCCUUCUUACAGCUUCUGGACAGAUGAAGCUCGCAGAUUUUGGAUUAGCUGUGAGGAUGUCAAAUGGUCAGAGCUUGACAGGUGUGGUAGGGAGUCCAGCUUAUGUUGCCCCAGAAGUUUUACUGGGCAAUUAUUCUGAAAAAGUUGACAUCUGGAGUGCUGGUGUCCUCCUUCAUGUUCUCUUGGUUAGUGUGCUUCCAUUUCAAGGUGAUACUUUGGAUUCAGUAUUUCAGGCUAUCAAGUAUGUGAACCUUGAUUUUGAGAAUGGAGCAUGGAGGUCCAUCUCUCAACCUGCACGGGAUCUGAUUGCCCGUAUGCUGACAAGAGAUGUUUCAGCAAGGUUAACUGCUGAUGAAGUAUUAAGGCAUCCAUGGAUAUUGUUCCACACUGAAGCAACAGUGGAGAUGGUUGCUUUGAAGACAAAAGUGAGAAGCCAUGAAUGGCUGACUUCCCAACAACUGACUGUCCCGCCUGGGGUAGUGUCGGAGAGAAGCAAGAUAAUUUCCUGUGGCUUUCUCGAUGAUGAUUCUUUCCUGUUUUUAUCAUCUGAAAGUUCAUCUACUAGGUCAGAAGUGCAGGACUGUGUGUUGGUUGAUGCUCUCACUGUCGCAAUUUCACGCGUGAGGAUAUCUGAACCAAAAAGAACUAGGUUAUGUGUCCCCAGUGGUCCUGUUCAACAAGAGUGUUCUUCUAACAUUAAGGUCAACAGCCUCUGUACAGCAUUUUAAAUGUAACAAAGUGCUUAUAACCAUGGAAGAUAGCUCACAAUGACUGAAGCUUUGACUGGAAGGCAAAUACUAAGGACCGUUAUAAUAAGCCGACUCUUCUAAUUGGUAUGUUGUAUGACCUGAACUUCUGUUAUUUUUUUGUUAGGAAAACAUUUGUUUUAAGUUUGAUGUGAAGGAUUUGGUCUCUGGCUUUAGCAUGACUUACUGUAAGCCUAUAAUUUGCCGAUUUGCUAUGUAAAUAGAAAAUGCAUUUUAUUGGGCAUUGGGUAUG